CAAAUCGUUUUCCGCAUGACGGGUUCAUUCCGCUUCGAAUUCCGCUUCGAAAAUUGCUUCGAAAAUUUCUAAGCGGAAUCUCCGGUUGGACUCCGUUUCGAUUCCGUUUAACCGUUUUUGCACUAGGGCGACACCUGGCGGUGUACAGCGGAGCCUCGAUGACAUUUCGCCGCGUUUCGUCGAAUCGGUUUUGUUGUUGUCUGUUUAACCAAACGUCAUGAUUUUGCUUAGGGAAAAUGGAUUGUGACAUGUUAGAUCCUGUUUAAAAAAGUUUUCGUUCUUGCGCCCGCGUGUUUCUUUUACAGCAAUCGCGGUAGGCCCUUUUGAUUAAAAUUUGCGUGGCAGUCUUUUGUAAAUUUUUCGAAUAGCUAGACAGAAACACGGAAGCUGAGAGGCUGUUCAGGCCGGGAGCUGCUACGACGGUUGGAGGAUAGAGCUCAGGCCGCAGAAAAUCCCGUAUUUUUGAAAAACUGCGGGACCAUCGGCGAAGAGCAAACCGACGAAGAAUUUGAGCCCCGUGAAUGCUCCGGUCCCACUUGCAAGGGACCGAAGGAAAAGAAGCGCAACCUGCCGCAGUCGGAUGCGGAAGUGGGGACGCGGGUCAAACGGGGGUACAUGCCUUCGCCGGCAUCAUUCGCGUCCGCAGCAGACAUGAGCAUGAUGAAAAGUGGCGGCAGCAAGUCGGAAGCAACCGAAGUAGCCGCCCCGCCUCACGCUCACGCCAAGAACAAGCCAACCUGCGUCGUGGGAGGAAAUUCGUCAUCUUCGUCGUGGGAAGCAGCGGUCUACCGGCAGCAUCUACUCAGCUACACGUUUUGGAAAAUUCACCGGGAGUUUUGCUGCCCCCGCAGGACGCCACCCAAGGCCGUGUUUGUAACGCAGGCGCCGUACCAGACGUACAACCGGGUGGUGCCACCGCCGGUCCACAAUGUUUCCAGCAAGCAAAUUCCAACAUCCAGUUUGUUUCGCUAAAUCCAGCCCAGGUUGCCAACAAGCCGCAUCGAUCUGGUCAAGCUAACGGAGCUGCACGGCGAUGGCAAUGGCAAGAUUUCCGAAGGAUUGACCGGGGCCAUCAAGAAUCACGACGUUUUGGAUUGCCAGGGGGAAUACAAACGGUCAGUGCUUUGUUUAUUUUAAAAGGCCAAUAAAAAAAUUGAGGACUUGGGGUCUGGGUUCGGGUGGGUCGUUUAUUUAACGAGAAAUUUGAAUAAAAUUUAUGAAAAAAUCAU